AUGGAGGUUGACAAGUGGAUAGAGUCUAUCAAGACUUGUAAAUACCUACCUGAAAAUGAACUUCGUAAAUUGUGCAACUUCGUUAGUGAGUUGCUCAUUGAAGAGUGCAAUGUGCAGCCGGUCAGCUUCCCGGUGACCAUUUGUGGCGAUAUUCAUGGCCAGUUCUACGAUCUCCUCCAGCUGUUUCGAACUGGUGGAGAGCUUCCGGAUACGAAUUAUAUAUUCAUGGGAGAUUUUGUUGAUAGAGGAUAUUAUAGCUUGGAGACCCUCACCUUACUCCUCGCCCUGAAGGCGAAGUAUCCAGAUAGAAUCACACUUCUCCGAGGCAAUCAUGAAAGCAGACAAGUCACACAGUGCUAUGGAUUUUACGACGAAUGCAUUAACAAAUAUGGCAAUGCGAAUCCCUGGCAUCAUUGCUGCAAAGUGUUUGAUUUAUUCACUAUUGCUGCUCUGGUCGAAGAAUCCGUCUUGUGUUUUCACGGUGGCCUUUCUCCAGAAAUAAAAACUCUGGAUCAGUUGCGUACUAUCGAGCGCAAUAUGGAGGUUCCGCAUACUGGUCCGCUUUGCGACAUUCUGUGGUCUGAUCCCGAUGAUGUUCCCCAGUGGACUGUUAGUCCUCGUGGUGCGGGGUACUUGUUCGGAGCCAAGGUUACCCAAAAGUUUGUGGAUCUCAAUGGAAUUCAAGUUGUUCCACCGUAA